GGUGCUAUUCGUUUAUGUAUUCGAGGAGAAGGUCAAAUAAAUAUGAAUGCUACUUUACGUCAACUAGAUUUUUGUCAAUUUUUUUCAACACCUAAUCAAGCUAUUGGAAGAUUAACUUAUAUUCCAAUUGUAUUUAUUAAAAACAUUAACAUGACACAUGGACUAGGCGCAUCAGAUCAAACUCUUUAUUCAGGUAUAUGGAUGCCAACUUUCACUGCUGUGUCAGUAUCGGAUGAAGCAUACUAUGUUGAAUUUGGAAAUUAUUUACGUUAUAUGUCUUCAUUAACUAUUAUUCAAGUAAUGCUUGAUGAACGUCCAUUUUUUGUUAAAAAUAUUGAACAACCUAUUGUCCGAACAGCUGAAUUAAUUUUUAAACUUUUAUUAUUUACUUCAUUAUGUAUUGAACUAUUUGCUUUUCUGUUUCUUAUCAUUAAACUUUUUAUUAUACCAUUUUUUCGAUUAAUUGUAUAUUUAUGGAAAAAAUGUCGUGAUCAAAAUGAUAAAUCAAAUAGUUCAAAUGGAUCUACUAGAUCAUCAUUCCGUUCAAAUUCUUCAUACAAAAAAGAUUCUAUUCAAAAAAUGGAAAUUGAUCAAAUGAUGGCUCUCGAAACAGAUCCAUCUAUAUUCAAUAGAAAGCAACAAAACAAACACAACAAUUAUUCAACAUCGAACAUUGAAUUAAAUUCAUUUGAAAUUAAUUAUAGAUCUUAA